AUGAGUGAAUCUAAUAAUCCAAAUCAAUCUACUAAUUCUAAUACUAGCACUAACCCAAAUUCUAUUCCAGAGACUGUAGAGCUUCAUAGAGCAGGUAAAACCAAAGUGGUAUCACUUGACCAACUACGUAAGCCACAUGCUAUCACUUCCAGUCCCGAGUUUCUAAAGAAUAACCCAAUAAGACAACAACAGAAUAAUAACAGUGAUAAUGCGGGAGGUCUGCUACAGUCAGGUAAUCAUAGGCCUACAUCAGAGAAGAAAUGA